UUUUAAUACCAGAAAUUUAAAACCCCUCUCAUUUGGCCACGAAUUCAUCGAAAAAUAUUAAACGAAAAUAUCAAAAUUCCGCCCCUUCUCUCUGUAAUAAUGAAAUCGCCAAUAUAUACUGUGUAUAUCUUUACACUCGACUCGACACAAACAAUCAUCUCACAGAAAGAGAAAGGAAGCUCAACAUCAGCCACAGGAGGAGAUCAUGGCUAUAGCGGCCCAGCCGGCCAUCCGUAUACAACAGAAUUCUACUUUCUUCCCGAUGAACCUUAAUCUUGUUCGUAAUUCUCAGCUACGUCCCCUUGCUGUUUGCCCUCCUGGUAGAAUCCGUGCGAUAUCUGCUGUUACUAUGCAGCCAGAGUCAAUCACUGAAGCCAAAGAUACUUCAGCUGCUGAUUUGUUCGCUUGCCCCAUUUGUUAUGAGCCGCUUAUUCGAAAAGGCCCUCCAGGUUUCAACGUGUCUGGUUUCAAAUGUAAGAAGUGCAACAAGUCAUAUUCAAGCAAAAACAUCUAUCUUGAUCUCACUGUUACUUCCGGGACAAAGGAGUACAAUGAGUUUAAACCUACUGGAACUGAGCUUUUCAGGAGUCCACUUGUUUCAUUUGUCUAUGAGAGGGGCUGGCGUCAAAAUUUUAGUCGUAGUGGUUUUCCUGGUCCUGAUGAAGAGUUCAAUAUGGCUCAGGAGUAUUUUAAACCAUCUGAAGGUGGAUUCCUUGUGGAUGUGAGCUGUGGCAGUGGCUUGUUUUCCAGGAAAUUUGCCAAAUCUGGGGCUUAUUCUAGAGUUGUUGCACUGGAUUUUUCUGAAAAUAUGCUUCGCCAAUGUUUUGAGUUCAUAAAGAAUGAAGAUGCUAUCUUACGAUCGUCAGCAUCUCCUUCCUCUUCAACCUUUCUUUAUGUUUGUUAUAGAUGUAAAUGCGUUAUAUUUCUUAUUACUUUAGCUCUUGAUAAGAAUGACACUAAAAGCAAUCUUGCACUUGUGAGGGCUGAUGUUUCACGACUUCCCUUUUCUUCUGGUUCAGUUGAUGCCGUUCAUGCAGGUGCAGCCUUGCAUUGUUGGCCAUCUCCUUCCAAUGCAGUUGCUGAAAUCAAUCGAAUAUUACGAAGUGGUGGUGUUUUUGUUGGAAGUACUUUCCUUCGAGUUACCUCUUCAACUCCUGCAUUCUUAAGGCCUCUAAGACAGAUAGGGAACAACUACAAUUAUUUAACAGAAGAGGAGAUUGAAGAUCUGUGCUCGUCAUGUGGCCUUGUUAACUACACCAAGAAAGUUCAGCAGUCAUUUAUAAUCUUUUCUGCACAGAAACCUUGACCUUUUUCUGGCUCUUUUGUGAAAAUUUGGUAUAAUUUUACCUCUUACAAUUUUCAGCUCUGUUUGUACAUGUACGGAACAUGUUGACGAGCGAUCGCCAACGAUCCUUGAUUGCAGGAUUAAGUAUAGGUAAAUUGUGAUUGGGUAGAGGUUUGAUGUGUAUUAUAUUUAUGCUAAUACAUAUGGUUUGAAAUAACAAGGAAAUAAAAUAACACACGAUUUCGCCGAUCAUUGACGAAAAGAAAGGUUCACCGAAGGAAUCACUAGCAAAAGUUUGUUGUUAUUGUGAUAGCUGCAUAAUGAGAUUGUGCAUGCUAGUAUAUGUGUUUUUAAUGUUUAGCUUGACUUAGCUUCGUCUGUCCUAAAUGAGGUGCCGAGGGGUCACCUUUAUACAUGAAAACAGUGAAAUGUAAUGAUGUUGUUAGCUAAGA